GCUGGUGUAAUAGGGCUUGAUGUAGCUCUCGUUCUUGCCGAGGAUGGCUACGGCCACCACAUCACCAUCGUUGCGCAACAUCUGCCUGGAGACACUUCCAUCGACUACACCUCGCCUUGCGACAAGAAUGCCCUGAUUUGGGACAAGGCUGGCUACAAGCGUUUGAUGAAGCUCGCAUCGACAGAAGGACCCGCGGCUGCCAUCGGAAAAACACAAUCGUUCGAAUACUGGGAUGAAAAGCCCGUCGAGCAGAAGCUAAGCUCGCUUGCAGACUAUCUUGAAGACUUCACUGUUCUGCCCUCAGAUCAACUGAUUUCCGGAACUGCUUACGGCGUCUCGUUCACAACAGUCACAAUAAAUGCACCUCGGCAUAUCCAAUAUCUGAAGAGCAAGCUUGAAAACCUCGGUGUUCGAUUUUUCCGUCGCAAGCUCGAACACCUGGACCAUGGCUUCCUUAGUGAGCGAACCAAAGUUGUGUUCAAUUGCACAGGAAAUGCCGCUCGACACUUGCCAGGCGUUCAAGACCAGAAGUGCUUUCCGGUCAGAGGUCAGAUCUUGCUUACACGAGCGCCCCAAAUCGACACGAACAUCAUGCGACAUGGCAAGGAUUACGAAACCUACAUUAUUCCACGUCCAUUCUCGAACGGCAAUGUCAUUCUCGGAGGAUUCAUGCAAAAGAACAAUNNGGACACGUUCGCCCACGAGGUCGAGUCCAUCUGGCAAAGAACAUCGACUCUCGAAUCAGCCUUGGACGCACCUGAAACAGAGGUCCUUGCGACAUUCGCUGGACUUCGGCCUGGCAGGCACGGCGGUGCACGCAUCGAAUCGGAAACACGAAGCGCUGGACGUCUGCUCGUUCACAAUUACGGAGCUGGAGGAACCGGCUAUCAAGCAGGGCUUGGAAUGGCCAUGGAGGCUGUUGGUCUUGCGCUACCUCAUUUAACCAACGCUUUGAAAGACUCGGACGUCGUCGAUCUCGUGGCUGCUGAGAAGGCAGUGGUUCGGGCAAGUCUG